CAUUCAUAAAGGAUAAAAGUGAUUACAGUGAUAUCAUUCCUCUGUGCUGUUAUUAUUAAAUUUAUAACUUUUUAAUCCUAUAUAAAACUAUAAUAUUAUGAUUACUGGCCUUUGUGUGAAUGGGCCUUAACACUUGUCAUCUGUUUCUGUCAGUUUUCUCUAGAAAAGUCUCUGAGUUAGACAGGCAAAGAAAGUCUGGGACUUGUGGAAGCCAGUAAAACGCUACAAAGGAAGCCACAAAUAAGAGCUGUAAUUGGCCUCUCACACAGCCACAGAUCCUUUGAUUCUAGUUGAGUUGAUUUGUUCUGGAUGUUUAUAUUUCAAUUCCUGCAUCAGUUACAAGGACCCCCUACUUCCAGCUACGACUGAUUGCUUGAAAAAUAAAGAUGUGAUUAGUUCAUGUCUGUCGUAAUUCAGAAGAUCAGACACACUUUCAAUAAUGGCCUCUAACUCCAUGCUUCAUAGAGUAUAAUCCUUAAUGCAGAAUUGUCAAAAUCAUUUAUUUUGCAUUACACAUUUCCAAUUAAAAACAGAAGAUUUUGUGACUUCAUACCUCUUAUUGUAAACUUUAUCUCAAAAUGGCCUUUUGUACUUUUUAUUCCGAGGUAAAAAUGGCUUCAAUAGUUCAGUGACGGAAACAGAUCGCAUUUUAUCACAUUUAAACCAACAUGACUGCUUUGAACAAACAAGUCACUUCAGGUUUGCAUACACUCUUAAAAAUAAAGGUUCUAAAAGCAAUGCUAUAGAAGAACGAUUUUGCCCCAAAGAACCUUUCAGAGAACAGUUUUUAAAAGAACCUUUUUUUUUUUUUUUCCAAGUCUGAAGGACAUUUUAAAAAUCGAAAGACUCUUUUUCUACUGUAAAAAAUCUUUUGUGGAAUGGAAAAGUUCCAUGGAUGUUAAAGGUUCUUCAUGGAACCAACAAUGAAGAACUUUUAUUUUUAAGACUGUUUGGUCACACAAGGAAGUCCACUAAACCAGUUCUUUUUUAAGUACUCCCAUAACCCAAGAUUAAGAUUUCUUGGAGGGCAUGGACAGAUUGUUUCCCAACAUCAUAAACAUAAACACAAACACAAAACGUGACUAGAAAACUAAUAUAGCUGCGGUGUACUGUGGGCUACACAACCAAUGCCAAAAAAGUUCCAGAAUUGAGAUUGUAAAGGGGCACUCUCCAUUCCACUUACCGUGUCUAAACAUUUCCUCAAUUGGUUACAUAUGUGUCCCUGCUUCUUACUGACAGUCACCAGAUGGCCAAGCAAACAAUACACUCCCCAGGCGGAAAGCCAACUUGUGGGGCGGAUUUUUUAACCUCAAAAUACCCUUUUUGUGACCAAAGCAUUUAAAUAGUGGAGUCAGAAGUCUCUCCGCCAGUGUCAGUGCCUCACAACAUGUGGACAAUCACAAGCACAGUCCUGCUUACAUGCUGCCUCCGGGCAGCUCUCGUCCAGAGCCAGGAUCACGACGAUAUCGAGCCAGGACACGGGAGGAACGUUUGGGAAGACAUGACUGAGUUUCUUACCAAAGGCACCAAAGAUGAAUGCAGCUUGAGCGUGACAGGACAAGGCGAUCUGACGAAGCUCCGCAUCACUUGCCUGGGCCUGGAGCGCUCUUACUGGUGCGAGUACCAGGGCAAGCCUCAGGUCUGCCGCUCUUACAACAACAACCCACUGCAUUACUUCAGGCAGAUCAUGUGGGAACUCCGCAAGCUGCCGAAUGCUUGCCAGGGCCAGCGCGUCCUCAAGCCUCUCAUGUGCAGGAGAGCAUCGGACGAGGCCCAGAUGGUCUUCACAAGUGCUUCCUCAUCACACGCCAAGCCAAUGGACAGGCCCUACAGACCAACUCCUGACAGACUCCUGCAGGUGAGACCACAACAGAGACAACGGGAGCAGAGGCCAAAGCCUACUAGACCACAAAUAUUAAGAACCCAAUCAGCCAGAACUGCUCAGGACAAGGCAAAUCAACCCAAAGCUGUCAAAUCCACCACACAGAGGAGAAUUAUUACACCCAAACCUACUGUGCCACAACCAACUACGCAGGUACCCACAAGUGAGGCCAAGAAACUUGCCCAGGACUACUGCUGGCGCUCAUUUCAGGGGGUCUGUUCCUUCUUCAUAGGGUGGUUCAGAAACUAAGAAAAAGACAACAAACCCCGUCCAAGAUGACUCAGAAUGUCUAACAGCAUGAAGGUUUUGGACUGACGGAGAGAAAUGGAGGUGUGUGUUAUGACUAACAGGACUGUGGGAACACCAUCAAUAUGUUCUUAUGUAUUGCAAAUGUAGACUCUAAUGUUAUCAGAACUAACAAGAUCACACUGCUAGUUAUCAAUGAAUUUAGAUGUUGAGCGUAAUGCUGGUAUUUUUUGUUCUCCAACUGUAAACUAUAUGAUGAGGAACUUAUUCUUAUUAUGUGUACUGAAUACUAUAUCUGUAUUAACCUUGCUAUGUUAUAUAUUUAUGAGUGAUUCCCAAUUUUGGGUCAGCAUUUCUGAAAGCUGUAG